AUGAAUUCCACAAGGCUUGCUUUGCGACCGCGACAAUUGUAUAAGGGCUGUGGAGCCGGUGUUCCUCAUACCCCUCGCCGUCUUCUUUUCCGCCCAGUCACAAACCCAUAUCGACAAAUCGCUUGCUUUUCAGCCACCAAGCCACCAGCGUGUGCUAAUAUUGCCUCUUCAGAUCGCUUCACCUCUGCUCUGCAUCAGAACAAGGAUUGGGCAGCGCAGAUUGCCAAGGAGGACCCUUCGCUCUUCCCUACACUCGCGGUCGGCCAGCACCCGGAGAUCCUCUGGAUUGGCUGCUCUGAUUCUCGAUGCCCUGAGACCACCCUUCUUGGUCUCAAACCGGGCGACGUCUUCGUUCACCGCAAUAUCGCCAAUGUCAUCCAUGCCGGCGACCUCAGCUCUUCAGCCGUGAUCGAGUAUGCUGUCCGCUACCUGCAGGUCAAGCACGUAGUCCUCUGCGGCCACACCAGCUGUGGUGGUGUUGCUGCAGCACUGGGUAACAAACAACUGGGUAUUCUCGAUCCCUGGCUGCUGCCUUUGCGCCAGCUCCGCGCGAGACACCUGGAUCUGCUGAACUCGCUGCCGGCCGACGAAGCCAACCUUAAGCUGGUGGAAUUGAAUGUUCUGGAGGGUGUCAAACUGUUGAAGGAGAAGAAUGUCAUCCUGGAAGCCGUACAGGAUCGGGGGCUUCAGGUUCACGGGUUGAUAUAUGAUGUUGGCAGCGGUGUUCUUCGAGAGAUGGACAUUGAUGAGUCGGAGGCGGAACUCAAGGCGCGCCUAACAUCGUUCAAGACCGACGUCUAG